AUGGUGGCAACGUUCAAGAUCGCCGUGCUGGGAGCCCAGGGCGUGGGCAAGAGCGCCAUAGUCCGGCAGUUCCUCUACAACGAGUUCAGCGAGGUCUGCGUGCCCACCACGGCCCGUCGCGUCUCCCUGCCCGCCGUCGUCAUGAACGGCCACGUCCACGACCUGCAGAUCAUGGACUUUCCCCCCAUCACCGCCUUCCCCGUCAACACCCUGCAGGAGUGGGCGGACGUGUGUUGCAGGGGGCUCCGGAGCGUCCAUGCCUACAUCCUGGUCUAUGACAUCUGUUGCUUUGACAGCUUCGAGUACAUCAAAACCAUCCGCCAGCAGAUCCUGGAAACGAGGGUCAUCGGCACUUCGGAGACGCCCAUCAUCAUCGUGGGCAACAAGCGGGACCUGCAGCGGGGCCGGGUGAUCCCACGCUGGAACGUCUCCAACCUGGUGAAGAAGACGUGGAAGUGCGGCUACAUCGAGUGCUCGGCCAAAUACAACUGGCACAUCCUGCUGCUCUUCAGUGAGCUCCUGAAGAGCGUGGGCUGUGCCCGCUGCAAGCACGUCCACACCACCAUCCGCUUCCAGGGUGCCCUGCGCAGGAACCGAUGCACCAUCAUGUGAGCCCUCCCUGCCCC